AUGUCGAACAUCAAUAUCAAUUCAUCGUUUCUAAGAUUUUCUGAUUUGAUCAUUGUCUAUUUGAUCGUAUUACUAUCAUUAUCAUUUACAACUAAUGGUUCAACAAUGCAUGUUACAUGUGGAACUGAUAUUGAACUUAAAUGUCCAAUACGUUCAAUAAAAAGUCCAAAUGAAGUGAUUUCAUGGUUUCGUCCAAAUUCAUCUCAAACACAUUUAACUCUUAUCGCUAUUGGUGAUAUUCUAUUUUCCGAAUAUGCAACAAUAGGUCGUUAUAAUCUUAUAUCAUCAUCCUCCUCCUCAUCCAUCCCACGUUUAUUAAUAAGUAAUGUUCUAACUGAAGAUCAGGGUAUUUAUACAUGUAAAUCAAGUUCAAGUGGUCAACAUAGUAUAAAAUUACUUGUUAAUUCUCAUCCACAUUUAUCUCCAUCAUCACCUUUACUUCUCUAUCCGGUUAAUCGAACAUUUACACUAACAUGUUCAUUAUUAUGUGAUUUAGAAAUAAAUUUAAAUGAUUUAAUAUGGCUUGUUAAUGGAGAAUUAUUAAAUAAAACUAAUCAUGAUUAUCAUAUUGAAACAAUUUCAUCAAAUGCCCAACGUCUUACAAUAUCUUUAAAUAAAAGAAAUCGAAAUUUUCUUCAAGCUAAUUAUACAUGUAGAUAUGAUGGGAAAGAAACCCAUAUAUUAGUCAGACGACGUACAAAAGAAGAAUUACAUCGACUACCACGACAACAUGAUUCAUCAGCACAAUAUUUAUUUCAAACAUUAUUUGAUACUGGUCAAACACAAUAUCAAGCAUCAUAUAUGACAAUAAUUUUUUUGUUAUUAUUGUAUUUUUAUUAA